AUGAAAACGCCGUGGAAACAAACAUCACUGGGCAGAAGAGCUCCGCGGUUCAUGUGCAAGAUAAACUUCCCAGGGACACCAGUUACCGCAGGACCGAAAGAGGAGAGACCGCUCUUGAGGGACGCGAUGAGAGGGGCUUGUCCAGCAUACGAGGAGCCGCAACAGCCGAUGAAAAAAAGAAUUCAUGUCGACGCCCUGCAUGUGGACAUACUAAACAACAAGGACUUCGAUCUGAAAGUGCUUGUCGAGCCUACAAUCGAGGAACACAUGACCGAGAAAGACAUUAUUGACAUAGUUGCCGUUCACGGCCUUGGAGCCCAUCCCGGAGAAACUUGGGCUUACCGGAACCCGGAGACAAAGGUGGCCGUCUGCAACUGGCUAAAGGACGAGGGUAUGCUCCGACAAGAGGUCCCGAACGCCCGUAUCAUGCAAUUUGGGUAUGGUGCCAAGUGGUUUGGAAGUUCUGCCGAACAACCUACCAAAACCUUGCCUCCUAAAGAGAACACAUUACAGGACUAUGCCCGACCAUUGAUUAUCAUCGCCCACAGCUUUGGAGGCCUACCUGUUAUACACGCCCUCCGCAGAUCCCGCGACGACCCCGAUAAGUGGGGUAACACGUUUCAAUUUACCUCUGGGCUGGUUCUUUUUGGUGUCCCAUUCCGAGGAAGAGAUGGCCCUUCAGUUAAGAAAUGGGUUAAAAAUAUCAAAAAAUACCAUAAGGAUCCGAAUGUUCAAAUCUGGUCAGAGACAAUGUCCACGUCUAUACCCGGAAGUCAAUAUCUUGGAGAAUUAUUGAGUCAGUAUACAGAGACACGAGUUGACCAUCCUAUUCCUGUCUCUUGUUUCUGGGAACUAGACCCAAGUCCUGUGGGGAAAGUCUGGGGCGACCAAAAUCCAAAUCUGGUAGGCCACCUUACAGUGUUCUUCCAUAAUUAUAUUUCUAUGCUGAGUGACAUCUAG